AAGGAGAAAAAAGAGCACAUAGGUAAUGGAGAAAGAAGAAGAAGGUCUCUUGUUAGCUCCUCUUUUCUCACGAAUAUAUCUGUUUUUUCUCGCCAGAUUUUCUGGGAAUCCAAACACACUGUGCUUCCUUUCAUUCACCCUUUGAGAUCUGAGGGUCUGUCUGUCUGUCACUCUUGCUUUGCUUUGCUUUGCUUUGCUUUGUCGUCUUCUUUGCUUACUUUGGCAGUGAGCAUAGAGUGGCCUAGCUAUAAUGGGUUUGUGGUUUUUUCCUCAGCUGAAUCUCCUGCAAAUGAAAGUAUGUGCUGUGAGUUGGAGCGGUUAAAGCCUGCACCGUCUCCAUCGCUAUCUCCUGUUUUGAUACCAACAUCUGAACCCAGAAACCACAAGAUGAAUCACUUUAUUGUUGACACUGAAGAUUCUUUUGCAAGCUUGCUUGAGCUUGCGGCCAAUAAUGAUGUUGAAGGUUUCAAACGAUUGAUUGAGUGUGAUCCUUCCUCUGUUGAUGAGGUUGGGCUAUGGUAUGGUCGUAGGAAGGGAUCAAAGCAGAUGGUCAAUGAGCAAAGAACGCCUUUGAUGGUUGCUGCUACUUAUGGUAGCAUUGAUAUUAUGAAACUUAUUCUUUCUCUAUCUGAUGCUGACAUCAACCAGCCAUGUGGCCUUGACAGGAGCACUGCCCUUCAUUGUGCGGCAUCAGGUGGGGCUGAGAAUGCUGUUGAUGCCGUGAAACUGCUUCUAGCAGCUGGGGCUGAUCCGAAUUCUGUGGAUUCCAAUGGCCAUCGUCCUGUAGAUGUUAUUGUUUUUCCUCCUAAGCUUGAAUAUGUCAAAAACAGUCUUGAAGAGCUUCUUCAAACUGAUGAUUCUAUUGCUGGGUGUAAUCUUAGGGUGAUAACACCCUCAUUCAAUGCAUAUUCUCCACCAUCAUCAACUUCACCAGAUAACGGAUCUCCUUCUGCACGAGAUUUCCAGUUGAAGUUAAAGUCAAAUGAUGUCCCUAUUUCUUCUGCAUCUGAGAAGAAAGAAUAUCCUGUUGAUCCAUCCCUUCCGGACAUCAAGAACAGCAUAUAUUCAACUGAUGAAUUUCGAAUGUACUCUUUCAAGGUUCGACCUUGUUCCCGUGCUUAUUCACAUGAUUGGACUGAAUGCCCUUUUGUCCAUCCGGGGGAGAAUGCUCGGAGAAGGGAUCCCAGAAAGUACCAUUACAGCUGUGUCCCUUGUCCUGAGUUCCGGAAGGGUGCUUGCCGGCGAGGAGAUAUGUGUGAAUAUGCUCAUGGGGUUUUUGAGUGUUGGCUGCAUCCAGCACAAUAUCGAACCCGUCUUUGCAAGGAUGGGACAAGUUGCUCCAGAAGAGUUUGCUUCUUUGCCCACACUGCUGAAGAGCUUCGACCAUUAUAUGUUUCAACUGGUUCUGCUGUUCCCUCUCCUCGAUCAAGCACAUCUUCUGCCAUGGAUUUUGCUGCAGCCAUGAGCAUGUUGCCUGGCUCCCCUUCCUCAAUGUCUGUUAUGUCUCCUUCACCAUUCACUCCACCCAUGUCACCCUCUGGCAAUGGCAUUUCACACUCUUCUGUUGCUUGGUCCCAGCCUAACAUCCCAGCCUUGCAUCUUCCAGGAAGUAAUCUUCAGUCCAGUCGUUUGAGAUCAUCACUCCAUGCUAGAGAUAUUCCCAUGGAUGAUUUUGACUCGUUACCUGAUUAUGAUCUGCAGCUACAGCUCCUUAACGAGUUAUCAUGCCUUUCUCCACAGCCUAUGAAUUCUAAUGCUAUAAACCGCUCUGGUCGCAUGAAACCCUUGACUCCUUCAAAUCUUGAUGAUCUCUUUUCUGCUGAGAAUUCUUCCCCUCGAUAUGCUGAUCCAACACUGACUUCAACUGUUUUUUCUCCUACUCACAAAUCAGCUGUCUUCAAUCAGUUUCAGCAGCAGCAAAGCUUGUUGUCACCAGUGAAUACAAAUUUUUCUUCUAAAAAUGUUGAACAUCCUUUAAUGCAGGCCUCAGGAAGAAUGUCACCACGAAAUGUGGAACCUAUUUCUCCAAUGAGCUCUAGGAUUUCUAUGCUAGCUCAACGUGAGAAGCAGCAACAAUUUCGAAGCCUGAGCUCCCGGGAACUUGGCUCCAACUCUGCUGCUGCAGCUGCUGCCUCAGUCAAUUCUUGGUCAAAAUGGGGAUCCCCCAAUGGUAAGUUGGAUUGGGCAGUUGGUACAGAUGAUCUAGGUAAGCUACGUAGAUCAUCUUCAUUUGAGCUUGGGAACAAUGGUGAGGAGCCUGAUUUAUCAUGGGUGCAGUCACUUGUUAAAGAAUCUCCAACUGAGAUGAAAGAGAAAUUGGCAACUACUGUCUCAAGUGUUGCAGCAGCAGCAGCUGGAUCCUCCAGUGAGGUAUCAAAUAUGAGCACACAAAUGGAGUCUGUUGAUCAUGCUGUAUUGGGAGCAUGGCUUGAACAGAUGCAGCUUGAUCAUCUUGUGGCUCAGCAAAACUGAAAUGAGUUUUGCUGGCCCUGAGGUAGUUAACAACAGAAAGGUUUCAGUAAAUAAUAUAUAUGCUUUUUUGAAGUUUUGUUGUUGAUGGAAGAAGGUUACAGUAACUAAGAAAGGAAGCAGCAAGAAAAAAAAAAAUCACUUGAGGGAAAUUCAUUUUGAAGUUUAGUGUUACAAAAGUAACUUAGAAGGGUCAAAAAACCACUUGGUGGCAUUAAGAAAAAUAAUGCCAGUGUAGGGUUUUUUGGCUGCCAAUCUUUUCAAAAUUUUAGGUUUACAUUUCUGUCAUUUUUUCCUUCGUUGAGGAGCAAAUGUUCUAUCAAAAUGAUGAAGUCCUGUUCCUAAGUUUGAUCUAUCUUUUUCUUUUAUUCCUUUUUUAUUUUGGGGUAGAAAAUGAAAUUACGGAAGGGUCAUUGAAGUUAAUUUCCUUGAGUCUCUCCAUUUUGGUCUGUUUUGGGGAUAUGAAUAUACAGGAUGUUGGAUAUGAUAUUUCUCAUGUAAUUUGGAAUCAAUAAUUGUGGAUGCCAGGGAGUGGGUAAGUUAGGUACAUUUGAAGAAUGAUCCUUUGGGCAUGUAACAUUCAAUUAAAGCUUAUUUCUAUAUUAUUCUAUUACCUUUGUUUCUA